CAUUAUAAACUAAAUACAAUAGUCGAAUAUUUAACUAUCCCAUUGUGUCUUGAAGCUUUUUGGUUCUUUGUAAAUUUGAAUAUAAAUGAAGAUGUACGUAUGCCCCGAUAACCACACAUUAGAUUGAACCCAGUUAACAUUCACAUACUACAGUGACCUAACUCACGCGUUCGUGAGCACAUAUAUAUAUAUAUAUAUAUAUAUGUCAACAUUCGAAAGUUUUCCCCACCGUUCCUUGGUCUACUUUACAGAUGUGUGACAAAGGAACGAUAUAUAUAGCUUAGAACGCACAUGUCAAACAACGGCAAUAAUGCUAUUCUAUAACGUAAAUAUAACCUAUACAAAAAAUCUUGUACAUUGUAUAUUUACAGUUUACAUUGUAAUUUAAAAAGCUAUUAAAAAUAAGAAGAUUGAAAAAAGUUUUAUUAUUUUCAAAACAAAUGUGAAAAGUAGAUAAAUUUUAUCCUCAGAAACAGUAAUUUUAUAAUAAAGAUUUUGUAAAUAUAUAAAAAAAAAUCGCAUGAGAUAAAUAAGAAUAAAUUGAAAACGUAUUUUAUAUAGUUAAUAUGAAAAAUAAAUAGAUGAUAAUUAUUGUUGGGAUAUGAGCGAUUAUUAUCACAGGAUAUUGUGAUAAAGUUUUUGAGAAGAUUUAUAAAAUGAACAGAUACAAAAGAAAUUUAGAGAUUGGAGAUGACGAAGCAAUAACAAAAAGAACAGCGAAAAGAUAUAAGGCUACCAUUAAUCAAGAAUUUAGACGAGGUUCAAAGUAGCGAAAGUUCAUUUUUCGAGGAUGUGGUGGAUGCACAUAUGACAAAUAAAGAAAUCUUAUGUGCAGAAAACAGUAAUGAUGUUACGAAUCGCAUGACCUAGAUUUGAGUAGUUACCUACGCAGUUCUUUAUUAGAAGAUGAUAACGAAUAUCUUCACCAAUCAUACAGUAACCCUAAAAAUUUGGAUGAGAUGUUACAUAAUGUAGAUUUUCUUCAAUCCAUUACGACUCCUGUUGAUGUUAAGAAAGGAGAAUUAUUUUUAAUGAUACUUAAAUUUGUGUUACGAAUAAGUUAGCAGUUUCGGCUAUGACCAAUCUUUUUAAGUUAUUUAAUGUUAUUUUUAAGUCACCAGUUAUGCCUGAUUCGCGAUAUUGUGUGGAUAAAUUGUUGAACCCAAAAGAGAGUGCCGAAUUUCAUGCGGUAUAUCAUAAUUGUUCAGCGUAUAUAGGUAAAUUAGGCGAAAUAGCGUCUGUCAAAGUUUGCCAAAUAUGUCAAGAAGAGCUAAAAGACCACCCAAGUAACACAAGUUUUUUUGUUAUUAUUGAUCCAUCGACACAAAUAAAAGAUUUAGUUAAUUUCUAUGAAGAUCAUUAUGACUAUGUGAUCAGUAAAAGGAUUUCGAAACCUGGCUUUAUAGAAGAUGUAUAUGAUGGAAAGGAGUAUCGCGCAUUUGUUAAUUCACUACCGCAGGAAGAUAAGUAUAGUUACUUAACUGCUGUUUUUAACACAGAUGGAGCUCCAAAAUUCAAAAGUUCGCAGUAUUCUAUUUGGCCUCUGUACCUUAUGUUAAACGAAUUGCCUAAACAAGAGCGAAUGAAUAAGUUAAUCACAUGUGGACUAUGGUUUAACAAGAAAAAGCCUGAUAUGAGUGUGUUUUUAUCGACGUUUGUUGAUGCUAUGAAUAAAUUAACGAAUGAAGGAAUUUCAUGUAAUGUAAAAAAUGAAAACAAACUUGUAAAACUCUGCGUAGUCACAUGCUGUGUUGAUUCUGUAGCCCGUGCUCCUAUUCAGGGUCUUAAACAAUUUAAUGGUAAAUGCGCAUGCAAUUGGUGUUUGCAUCCAGGAGAAUGGGCUGAAGGUAGUAUGAGGUACCCUUUAUUAACAUAUUCUGUAGAUUGUCGAGAACAUGAAAAAACUGUUAGUGAUAUGAUGAUUGCAACUCCUGAUAACCCAAUUGAUGGUAUUAAAUAUCCAUCACCUCUUAUAAAUUUGGCAAACUUUAAUAUUAUAUCAGGUUUCAUAGUUGACUACCUUCAUUGUUCCUUAGAAGGUGUUGCAAGUCAAUUUACAGAAUAUCACUUGAUGUCAAUGAUCACUUGAUCUAAAAAUAAAUAAGAUUACUGCUCCUCAUCAAAUUUCAUGUUUAAGCCGACCUUUAAGCUCCAGAAACGAUUGGAAAGCACGCGAAUGGGAAAACUAUGUCUUGUUUUAUAGUGUUCCAGUUUUGGUGGAUCACUUAAGCAGAAAUCAUCUUUUUCAUUGGAUUCUCUUUGUUGAAAGUAUGUAUAUACUAUUAUAAAGUAGUAUUGAUAUUAAGGAUUUAGAUCGAGACGAUCAGAUGUUGCACGAAUUUGUUACUAACUCGGAAGAAUAUUACGGAAUAAAAUCAAUGACGUAUAAUGUCCACCAGCUACUACAUAUCUCUAAAAGCGUAUUAAAUUGGGGACCCUUGUGGUGUAAUUCCACAUUUUCUUUUGAAUCAGCCAACUACAAUUUAUUAAAAGCCAUCCAAUGUUCAAAGGGAGUCACGUUACAAAUCGUAAGAUUUAUUAAUAUUAACCAUUUAAUUUCUGUUGUACAAGAAUAUGUAUAUCCACAUGCGGAUGUUUUAGUCAAAAUGUACUGUGAUGAUUUUCUCAAUUCAAAAGUACAAAAUUACUGCAAAAUAACAAAUAUUACAUACUUUGGCCUAGGCAAUUACGUACCGAAUAAUUUAUUAGAAAAAUUACAGUUGUCUGUAAAUUCUGCGAAGCUCUUUUUGAAAAUGGUUAAAAGUGGAUGCUUGUACGAAUCUUCUAUUAGAAGUAAAAGAAGAUCAAAUAAUUCAUAUGCACAAUUAAAGGAUACAAGAUUUGUGCAAAUUGUUAGUUUUAUUGCUGAUGACGAAACUAAGCAAGAAUUUACUAUUUGUAAUAUCAUAAGUACAAGACAUCGCUUCAGUAAUCUUUACAAAAACCUCAGAGUGAUAGAGAAUAUUAACACGGAAUCAAUAAUUAUUAAAACUGAUGAAAUCAUGAUUAUUUGUAUUUUCAUGCAAGUUCUUGAAGUCAUGUAUAUUUGCCCUUUACCUAAUCUACUUCAUUAUUAAAUAUAGAAGCUAUUUUCAAAGUGUGCAUAAGCAAUUAAAUUAAUGUGUCUACUGUAAAUUAAUAUCAUAUUAUAUUGUUAAUUAACGUAUUUGAUAACAUUAAACUUGAUCUGUAUUAUUACAAUUGUAAUUUGUAUAUUAUUUACACUUUCGUAAUAAG